ACAAUAAAAACAGAAACCCUUGCUGCAAUUUUAGCUCCAUUGAUGAUAGAUUUUCAGGUACUUCAUCUCUCUCAACUGUCACAAUUUCUUCCAUUUUUGCUUUUCCUGAACAAAAAUUUCUUCACAAUCGGUCUUCUAUUGAAUCGUGAAUCCUGACAAUGGCGAUGAUCCAUCCUAUACAUCAAUUUUACCAUCCAUCCUUUCAAAACCUACCUCUAUCAAAGGAAACAAGCACCAAACCUGCUUCCCUCUCAUCAUCAUCAUCACCGUAUUCUUCUACAAAUACUCUCAAAUCAUUGGAUUCAGUUAAAGCCGUUCAUGCACAGAUGAUCAAACAGGUCGAGGAUUCAUCAAAAACCAAAAUGCAAUCAUUGAUCGUCUCUUAUUUGAAUUUCAACGACUUCAUAUCAGCUGCAACUCUUUUCAUAGUGGCGUUUGCAGAAAUCCACUUGAACUGGAAUUACUUCUCAAAAGAAUUUUACAAUCAUGGCGGAGAUCUACACGAAGCUUUGAGAAUUUUCUCCGAUUUCCGUAACAGAGGAAUGUAUUAUUACGAGAGCAACGUUUUAGCGCUUCCUUUGGAAAUGUGUUCAAAUUCAUCGGAUGUUUUGUUAGGUACUGCAAUUCAUGCAUAUAUGAUUAAGAAAGGGAUUGAUAUGGAUGUAAAUUCAAACAGAUCAUUGAUGAACUUCUAUGGCAGGUGUUUUAGUGUUGACAUUGCCAACCAACUGUUCGAUGAAAUGCCUCUGAAAGAAACUUCACUGUUUAAGGAGGCGAUUUUGAUGAAUCUCAAAUAUGAGAAUUGGUUGCAGGCUAUUACCUUGUUCCGGUAUAUGCAAUUUUCAUAUAUGAAACCUAAUAGCUUUCUAAUUGCUAGAAUUCUACAAGCUUGUCAAAAGUUAGAAGCAUUGGAUGAAGGAAAACAGAUUCAUGGAUAUAUGAUUCGAACAUGUUUAGAAUCAAACAUAUCGUUUAAUUCCCUGAUAUACAUUUAUAGUAGGAAUGGUAAUCUCGACAUUGCUAGGGCAGUUUUCGAUUCAAUGGAAGAUCGUGACUCUAGUUCAUGGAACUCGAUUAUAUCGGGUUAUAUUGAGUCGAGGGAUUUAAACACUGCCAGAAAUCUAUUCCUCGAUAUGGAAUUAUCUGAUGUGAAACCUGAUAUUGUCACCUGGAAUUGUAUCUUAUCAGGCCAUUCCCAUCUCGGGUUCUCCAUGGAAGUCCUUGAGAUAUUUCGCAAAAUGCAAGCAGUUGGAUUCAAACCAAACUCGAACUCAGUCACAAGCGCCCUUCAAUCAACCAGCAAUUUAGGGUUCUUGAGUAUCGGAAGAGAAAUCCAUUCCUAUGCUAUUAGAAACGGGAUUGACUCCGACCAAUUUGUUGGGACAGCAUUAAUCGAUAUGUAUGCUAAGAAUCACAAGUUGAUGGAUGCUCGAAAGACAUUCAAUUCUAUGAAGAAAAACAGAAACAUCUUCACAUGGAAUUCAUUGAUUUCGGGAUACUCCUUCAAUGGACAAUUCGAUAAAGCGGUUGAGCUGUUGAACAGUAUGAGAAACGAAGUCGAACCAGAUUUAGUCACGUAUAAUAGCAUGGUUUCGGGAUAUGCAAUGUGGGGUUACAAUAAGGAAGCGAUCGACACGAUCCAAACCAUCAAGCUCGUCGGAUUGAAUCCGAAUGUUGUGACAUGGACAGCUCUGAUUUCUGGCUGUGUUCAAAGAGAAGAUUAUGUAAACGCAAUCCAAUUCGCAAUCAAAAUGAAUCAAGAAAGGAUUAAACCGAACUCGGUCACAUUGUCCACUCUUCUUAGAGCUUGUUCAGGUUUAUCGUUAUUAAACAAAGGUAAAGAAAUACAUUGUAUAACCUUAAGGGACGGGUCUUUUAUCGAUAAAUCGGUUGCGACAGCCUUAAUCGAUAUGUAUAGCAAAUGCGGAAGCCUGAGAGCCGCCAUAGAUGUUUUCCGACGAAUUCCAAACCAACCUCCAUUAGCUGCAUGGAAUUCAAUGAUCAUGGGUUUCGCCAUUUACAGCCGCGCAGACGAAGCCCGUCAGCUCUUUGACGAAAUGCUCGAAGAAGGAAUCGAACCGGAUUCCAUAACAUUUACCGCGAUCCUAUCGAGCUGCAAGCAUGCCGGUUUGGUUAACGAAGGAUGGGACUAUUUCGAUAGAAUGAAAUCAGAAUUCAAUAUAAUUCCCAAGAUCGAGCAUUAUUCAUGCAUGGUGGAUCUUCUAGGAAGAGCUGGAUAUCUUGACGAAGCUGCCGAUUUUAUCCAAAAGAUGCCCAUGGCCCCAGACGGAUCCGUUUGGGGCGCACUUUUAAGAUCGUGUCGUAACCACGAAAAUUUGGAACUCGCGGAGAUAGCGGCCAGAAAGCUUUUCAAGAUCGAACCGAAUAACGCUGCAAACUAUGCGAUCCUGUCGAGCAUCUAUGCGAGUUUGUCGAAAUGGGACGACGUCGACAGUAUGCGAGAUUUAACCGAAUCAAUCGGGAUGAGACACGGGCUGGUUUGGAGUUGGAUCGAGAUCGAUCAGAUGGUUCAUGUUUUCGAUUCCGGAAAGAAAACUCAUCGAGAGGAAGGAAUGAUUUACUUUGAAUUGGAUCGGAUUAUUUCGGAAAUUAUGGCAAUGGGGUAUAAGCCCGACUUAAAUUGUGUGCAUCAAGAUGUUGACGAUUUUGAAAAGGAGAAUUUGGUUAUGUCUCACACGGAGAAGUUAGCUAUUGUCUAUGGAUUGAUUAAGGAAAAUGGGAGUAUUCCGAUUAGGGUUAUUAAGAACACGCGAGUGUGUUCCGAUUGUCACACGUUUGCGAAAUAUGUGUCGAUUUUGAGACGAAGAGAGAUCGUUGUUAAGGAUGGUAGUAAUCGGUUUCAUCAUUUCAAAGAUGGUAAAUGCUUGUGUCAAGACUUCUGGUAAUAGUUUGUAAAUUUGUUUGUAAUUAGUAUAUAACGAGAAUUUCCGAGUUUCUAAUAUUGAUUU